AUGCAGGACGCCUGGACUGCCCGCAAAGCUGAGGAGAUCCAAGGCUACGCGGACCGCAACGAAUGGAAGAACAUCUUCUCCGCGAUCAAAGCUGUCUACGGUCCGCCGACGAAGGGCACUGCUCCUCUCCUCAGCGCCGACGGCAGCACUCUCCUGACUGAGAAGACGCAAAUCCUGCAGCGAUGGGCCGAGCACUUCCGAGGCGUCUUCAACCGCCCUUCCGUCAUCUCCGAAGCCGCCAUCGCCCGCUUGCCGCAAGUGGAGACCAACGCGGACCUCGACCUCCCGCCAUCUCUCCAGGAAACGAUCAGGGCCUUGCAGCAGCUCUCCAGCGGGAAAGCACCCGGAUCGGACGCAAUCCCUGCUGAGGUCUACAAGCACGGAGGUCCCCUACUGAUGGAUCACCUGACUGCGCUCUUCCAGGAGAUGUGGCGUCAAGGUGAAGUCCCGCAAGAUUUCAAGGACGCAACUAUCGUGCACCUAUACAAGCGCAACGGGAAUCGCCAAGUCUGCGACAACCACCGCGGCAUCUCCCUACUGAACAUCGCCGGGAAGAUCUUCGCUCGCAUCCUGCUCAACCGCCUCAACAACCAUCUCGAACAGGGCCUUCUGCCGGAAAGCCAAUGCGGCUUCCGUCGUCAUCGUGGGACCACGGAUAUGAUCUUCGCAGCCCGCCAACUUCAGGAGAAGUGCCAGGAGAUGCGGACCCACCUGUACUCAACCUUCGUGGACCUGACAAAAGCCUUCGACACGGUGAAUCGUGAAGGACUGUGGAGGAUUAUGCAGAAAUUCGGCUGUCCGGAGCGAUUUACUCAGAUGGUGCGUCAGCUGCACGACGGUAUGAUGGCGCGAGUCACAGACAACGGAGCUGUCUCGGAGGCGUUCGCAGUGACCAACGGAGUGAAGCAGGGCUGUGUGCUGGCGCCUACCCUCUUCAGUCUCAUGUUCUCUGCCAUGCUGAUGGACGCCUACCGUGACGAACGCCCCGGGAUCCGCAUCGCCUACAGGACGGAUGGUCAUCUCCUGAAUCGCCGGCGCAUGAACUUCCAAUCGCGUGUAUCCACAGCCACCGUGCACGAACUCCUCUUCGCCGACGACUGCGCCCUGAACACCACCUCAGAAGUGGAGAUGCAACGGAGCAUGGACCUAUUCUCCGCCGCCUGCGAGAACUUUGGGCCGGUUAUUAACACGCAGAAGACGGUGGUGAUGCAUCAGCCGCCUCCCAGCUCAGCCACAGCCCCCCCCCCCCACGCGCCGCAAAUCAACGUGAAUGGGACUCAACUGCAAGUGGUAGAGAACUUCCCGUACCUGGGCAGCACGCUCUCCCGCAACAUCAAGAUCGACGACGAAGUCGCCAACAGGAUCUCGAAAGCCAGUCAAGCCUUCGGUCGCCUCCAAAGCACAGUUUGGAAUCGUCAUGGUCUCCAACUGAACACAAAGCUGAAGAUGUACAAGGCCGUCAUCCUGCCGACGCUACUGUACGGAGCGGAGACCUGGACGGUGUACACGAGGCAGGCACGUCGACUAAACCACUUCCACCUCAGCUGUCUCCGCCGCGUACUGAGGCUGAACUGGCAGGACCGCAUCCCCGACACCGAAGUGCUGGAAGGGACGGGAAUGCUGAGCAUCUACUUCAUGUUGAGACAAAUGCAGCUGCGCUGGAGCGGCCAUCUGGUGCGCAUGGACGACGAGCGACUACCCAAACGACUCUUCUACGGAGACGUCGCGACGAGUUCUCGUCGUCAAGGAGGCCAAAUUCGCCGUUACAAAGAUACUCUGAAGUCCUCCCUGAAGCGCCUGCACAUCAACCCGACCAACUGGGAAGAGCUCGCCCGCGAUCGUCCGACAUGGAGGAGAACAGUGAAGGCGGGCGCUGCUAUCUACGAAGCCAACCGCAUCGCCGCCGCCAAAGUGAAACGCGAAGUCCGCAAAUCACAACUUCGCCCAAUACGCAACGCCGCCGCACAACCUCUCCCUACGUGUCCUCGAUGUCAACGGACAUUCCGGGCUCGAAUCGGACUUGUUGGACAUCUUCGAACCAACUGCACCUCUCGAACUGCUCCAGCCAUCGUCCCCGCGCCCGCCUCUUCCUCGUCCUCUCUUCCGCCAAAUAACUCUGACACUCCUUCUGCACCACCACUUCCAUCCUCCUCCUCCUCCACUGCCCUAGCGGUGGCCGUUCAGGCUGCCGUCUCACACAUCGCCAACCACGACACAGCAACCGCAACCACCCCCACCUGCCCUCACUGCGACCGCACCUUCACCUCACACAACGGCCUGGUCGGUCACUCGCGAAUCCAUCGCACAGAGACUGGUGAACCAGUGCCUGGAGCACCAACCUACACCCACCGCACUCGCCUCCACUGCCCACAAUGCCCUCGCACCUUCCGGCAUCGCAUGGGCCUAUUCGGCCACAUGCGCAUCCACGAGAGCGGAAUUGACCGCAGCCUUGACACACCCACCCCGCCGAGCCCCACUCCCAAUCCAUCACCUUGUGCACCCACUAACCACUCCCCAGCCGACAUCGACGCCACCGACCUUACCACCCCUCACUCCCCCCCUUCCUCCUUCACUGCCACAACGACGGCCACUCCGGCGUCUGUAGCGCACGACUUCACCACAGCCGCACCUGACACAACAACAGGCACAACCCCUGCAACCACCAUCAACAGAUGUGAGGGCCCGGACUACGUCUGCCCUCACUGCGAUCGCACCUUCACUUCACGCAUCGGCCUGGUCGGUCACUUGCGAAUCCAUCGCACAGAGUCUGGCGAACCAGUGCCUGGUGCACCAACCUACACUCACCGCACUCGCCUCCACUGCCCACACUGCCCUCGCACCUUCACGCAUCGCAUGGGUCUAUUCGGCCACAUGCGCAUCCACGACGACCUGCGGUAG